CUUAGGACGCCACGUCCCGAACCAAGCAAACGUCAGGACGGCAGUGACGUAACUCAGUCCUGGCCGUGUGCAGCGUGGGCUCCCGCAGCCAUUGCAGUUUAGAGAGGUCCCCGCUCGUGUGUCACGGCGCAGGCUCGCUGUAGCGCAGCCGCUCUGAGUAAACAGCAAUGGAGGACCAUGCAGUUACCCAGACAGACAGCUUAACCACCAUUGAAGCCCAUACAGUGGCCCACUCUGUAGCUCAGCAGGUGCAACAGGUCCAUGUUGCCACAUACACAGACCACAACAUGCUGAGUGCUGAUGAAGAUUCUCCAUCCUCUCCCGAAGACACGUCCUAUGAUGAUUCCGAUAUCCUUAAUUCCACUGCUACAGAUGAGAUUACAGCUCACUUAGCUGCAGCAGGGCCUGUUGGAAUGGCAGCUGCAGCCGCUGUGGCAACCGGAAAAAAACGAAAGAGGCCUCACAUAUUUGAGUCUAACCCUUCCAUUCGGAAGCGGCAACAAACACGCCUUCUCAGGAAACUGCGAGCAACACUGGAUGAGUAUACUACUAGAGUAGGACAGCAGGCUAUUGUCCUGUGCAUCUCUCCAUCCAAGCCAAACCCUGUAUUUAAAGUGUUUGGAGCCGCUCCUCUAGAGAAUGUGGUUCGCAAGUAUAAGAGCAUGAUUCUGGAGGACCUGGAGUCUGCUCUGGCAGAACAUGCCCCUGUACAGCACGACAUAAACUCAGACCUUCCCCCUCUGACUAUUGAUGGUAUACCAGUGUCUGUUGAUAAGAUGACACAGGCCCAGCUCCGAGCAUUUAUCCCUGAGAUGCUGAAGUAUUCUACAGGAAGGGGAAAACCUGGAUGGGGCAAAGAGAGCUGUAAGCCAAUCUGGUGGCCGGAUGAUAUCCCAUGGGCUAACGUUCGCAGUGAUGUCCGCACAGAGGAACAGAAACAGAGAGUUUCCUGGACUCAAGCACUGCGAACAAUAGUAAAGAAUUGCUACAGACAGCAUGGGAGGGAGGAUCUUUUAUAUGCAUUUGAAGAUUUACAGCCAACACAGAUGGCAACAGCACAUGGUAUUGCACACCUCAUGCCCUCACAGACUGUGGUACAGACUAUCAGUAACCCAGAUGGCACAGUGUCCCUCAUUCAGGUUGGCACAGGGGCUACUGUUGCAACUCUUGCAGAUGCAUCUGAACUUCCAACAACCGUAACAGUCGCACAAGUUAAUUACUCUACGGUCAGUGAUGGUGAGGUGGAGCAAAACUGGGCAACGUUACAAGGAGGAGAGAUGACCAUCCAGACAACACAGGCGUCCGAGGCGACCCAGGCAGUCGCAUCCUUGGCAGAAGCCGCAGUGGCAGCAUCACAUGAUAUAGCGCCAGGAGCAACUGUGACAAUGGCAUUGAACAGUGAAGCUGCGGCACAUGCUGUAGCCACCCUAGCUGAAGCCACCCUGCAGGGGGGAGGACAGAUCGUUUUGUCGGGAGAAACUGCAGCAGCCGUUGGAGCCCUGACCGGAGUGCAGGAUGCUAAUGGUGCAAUUUGGAAAAGAAUUGUGAUGAAGGAGAGUGAUGGCAGAAAUAAAGGUCUAGUCCAGAUUCCUGUCAGUAUGUACCAGACUGUGGUCACCAGCCUGACCCAGGGUAAUGGUCCUGUCCAAGUAGCAAUGGCGCCAGUCACAGCAAGAAUCUCUGACUCGACAAUGACUGUGGAUGGGCAGGCAGUGGAGGUAGUGACACUGGAGCAAUGACUGUCGAGCCCCGGAGGACACAUUAUAUGAUCUUUGAGUUCCCAAAGUUCUAAGGAGUUCUUCCGGGUGUCAUCAAAACAUGCUAAUUUUUGGAGCGGCCAAAAGUUCAAAGGCUUAUCAAAAAAAUCAGAGACAUAUUUUUAUCAUUGAACUUUGUAAAUAUAUAUUCCCAUGUGCUGGUCUUGUUCUUUCCUUAAAAUGUUUAAUUUAUUUCAUAAAAGAAAUCUAUUUCCGAUUUAAGCUCUGGGAAGGUCACACAGCUCACUGAGGGAUAGCAAACCCAUAGCUGACUGCCUUUAUCUUGUAUUUAUAAGCUCCUUCAUCCCAGAUAUCUGCCCAUAACAUGGAUGGAUUUGGAAGCAAAGCUUUUGUUGCUAGAAUUAACUGCUCUUUUCCUGGAAGGGGGGUUUGUGUGUUGUGGUAAUACCAUCGUUAAAUUCUUAUUUCUGCAUCAGAUUUGCUGAUCACCUGUUACUUGCAUGGAAGGAACAAGCCUAAGUGGUUUCCUUUUCUCAACCGUUAUCUUUGUUUCCAACCUGGAAUGGUAGCAGCAACUGUAUGAGUUGUGGUAUGAAGCAUGGAAUCCGUAUGUAAGCUUGGGGAUAUAGCAGACACCCAGAGUAAGGGCAGAUGUUGUUUUUGGGAGACCAUGUUUUUAGCUAAAAGGAAAUCUGUAAAUGUGUUGGAUGAGGCUGAGCAUGGUAUGAAGCUCCUCAGGGAAUGCUGUGGUUCCCUUAUUUCUAUCUCUAGUCUCCUCUAUGGACAGUCCCUGGCAAAAGCCUUAGACGAGUAAAUGUUGAUAGUUAUGUAUCAAAUAAAAGCCACGGCACAACCAGAAUUGCACUAAAAAAAUUUUUAAAAUGUUUCAUCAUAUCUUGCCCCAUUAUCUAGGCCACGUGGCAGUUUUGGUUGGUUGGGCACACUUGUUAUUGGCAGAUGCACUGGUAACAUAGCUGAUCAGGCUGCCGGAUCUGUUCAUCCAUUCACAUCUAGUUGUAGUGACACAGUGGAGAAAAACUCAGAGCAAUCCUUUAGCAAGUUCCCCAGAAGCAGAUAUUACUGCUUUUUAUUUACUCUGCAAAAUUAUUUGGUGUUUUAAAUUGGGGGAAAACGGCGAUGAACUUGACAUGCUUAGCUUUUCUUCCUUACAUCAUGUGACCAUGGUUAAAGCCGUUCACUGAGUGAUUUGUAAAUAGAACUGGAAAAGUCUUAUGCUGGUGCCAUGUGUGAGAGAAGAGCUUGUGUCUGUAGGAAGCAUUGGUCUGAAGCACAUGUAGCACUGACAGCUGGAAACACUUGAGCAAUUCUACGCGUAUCACCCCUACCUGGGCUUCAGGCACCAAGUUUCCCACAUAUGAAUAUGGGAAGUGAUAACAGGAAUCGUGGGGGCAUUUUGACUGCCAAUGUCUCCUGCCCAAUGGCAGAACGGGCCCGUGUGAUAUUAUCCUUAGCUUUCCAGUCUCACCCACUUUUGGUCUUUCAUGUAGUAAGCCCAACAAUAAUAUGUGCUAGCCUUUUAAAUAAAUGCUCAUUGAAAGCUAAAUCCCAGUUAGGUACUGUUUAUAUAUGUUUUUAAUCAUCCUAUCAUGAUUAGAAGAUGCAUGCAACACUCUGUGCUGCUGUCUGAUUACUUGAACCAGCUCCCUAAAAGAGAAAAGUAUAACAUUGAAAAUCCAAUAAAAAUGAAUAAUGUGAGAGGUGAGAUGUACCCCUGGGGGCAUGAGGGGGAACUGGCAGGAAAGCUUUAUAGUGGGCUCUGCCCUGUGCUGGGGUCUUAAAUACUUUGUCCCGUUGUGUGUGUUGCCAAAUUGUUGCACUGAAUUCUCCUUUAGUCUUUUCUCACACGCUUUGUGUUUGUUGGGAACAAUUGGGGCAAACCGGCCAGACUUAGUGAAUGAAGAGAAAUGAUCCCAACUGGUACAAAUAUCAUUUCUCUUCCCCGCAUUUCAAAAUAAUCCGCAAUUUUCCAUUGGCUUAAAGAGAAGAGCCAAUGUUUUCAUUACAGGCUCUGUAUUCUUAUUUUUGCGUCUAUCUGUAUGGCUUUUUAACCCAUUAAAGGUUAAAGAGACAGAUCCAUUGUGAUCUUUUUAUGUAAAUAACGUUUUCACAGCAAAAUUAAUUUCAACCAAAAUAAAAAAACUUGCUGGACUUGGAAUAUUAAAAUGGAUGAGAGAGUUUGCAAUGGGCAACACUGUUUUUUUAAGGAAUUUCCAUGAUUUCCUUAAUACCACACUUUCCUGACUGAAUUUGUUUUGGGUUUUUUUUUUAGGUUCAUAUAAUUAAUAUUCUCCUAGAAUUGUAACCAAUAGGUUGAGUUUCAGACAAACAAUAAGUUUCCAAGUGCAAAACGUUGCUUCCAAAACAGCCCAGGCCCAGACUGGCAAUCUGUGGGUUCUGGCAAAUGCCAGAGGGGCUGCUGUACGGCUCCAUAGAAAGUUACCUUAAAGUGGGCUGGUAGGAGGCUGUUUGGGCCUCUAUGUACUUGGAAUGACAGGGCCUAUUUUGGAAUUGGCCUGGUCCAGGCCAAUUCCAUCUUGCAUGUAUCCAAACCUUAUGGUGUCACUUGGAAUCCUCCAGCAACUCUUUCUGUCCUUUUCCCAAAACAAACCAAAUGAAUAAAUAGGAUUAUGUUGCAGCCCAGCACCAGGGUGAGGAAGAGAUGCUAACUGUAUAUCUGUCCCUAUCUUUUUUUUUUUUUUUUCCUCAAAUGACAUAACCUAUAUAGCAAAUGUUUUUUGUGUAUGUUUAGGGUAACAUGUAUAUAAAUAUAUGCCAGGUUUAGCUUGUUUUUUUUUUAUCAGUGUUGUUUCCAAUGACUUUAAUAUUUGUUUACUGCAACUAAAAUUUUACUGCAAGAAGCUUCAUAAACUGUACAAAGACGCCAGAUUCAUUUCUCCAGUCUUUCCGUGUGCAUUGAGCAAAUAAAUUGUUCAACAGA